AUGGCCGAAGCAGCGGUGGCAGCGGGAGGUGCAACGAUAAACGUUAUUCAGCUUGGAGACGUUGCCCUAUUAUUAUGUCGUAAUAUCUCCAACUUCAUUAACGAAUUGAAAGAUGCGAAAGAUGAUAUCAGACAUAUUCGUGAUGACACGCCAACUUCACUACAGGGCGAAGUGCUACCGGACAUGCUCGUGAAAAAUUUCUACCAUUUUCACGAGAGCAUGGAAUCCAUUCGCGGAUGGCUACCGCCGGAUCUCUCACCCGGGUUUGCUGAAAAAUUCCGCUUCGUCUUCAAUAGGAAGACAGUCAAGAGCGCCACAGUCAGACUUGAACAAUGUAAAAGCAGUACUACAUUGGCAUUAAGCAUCAUUAAUAAUCGGAACGGCCUUAAAUUGCGGAAUAGCCUGGGAAAUCUCAAGGUCGCAAGCGAAGAAAUGACCUGA